AUGUCGACCCGACCGGACACACCCACACCCACCUCCCUGUGCACCCCCUGUAGAGUGACCUCAUCCUUGUCCGCCGACUCUACGACAUACCCGACUAGGUGCGCGCGAAGGGCUCACAUGACGCAGAACCAGACGAUGCUUCCCAUCGGGCUGUCGGACCUGCCCGGCGAGGCUAUGGUGAAGCUCUACUGUCCGAAGUGUAUGGAUAUCUACAACCCGAAGAGCUCGCGACACCACCACACGGACGGCGCCUACUUUGGCAGCGGUUUCCCUCACAUGCUGUUUAUGGUUCACCCGGAAUACCGGCCCAAACGGCCCAUCAAUCAGUUUUUCCCGCGUCUGUACGGCUUUAAAAUCCACCCCCUGGCCUAUCAGCUCCAGCAACAGGCGGCCAAUAGCUUUAAGACCCCCGUCCGGCCCAUGGGCUACAAUAAUGGCAAACGUUAG